AUGUUUCGAGUCGCCCUCAGGUCAUGUGCCCGGCAUGCCGUGCAGCGACGCCCAGCUGUCGUGAUGUCGGCGUCGAGAAGCUACACCUCCUCGUCUCCGGGCCCCGCGUUCAACUGGGAGGAUCCCCUCGCUUUCAACAGCCUUCUCACCGAAGAGGAGGUGGCAAUCAGCGAGACGGCCGAGCGGUACUGUCAGGAGCACCUGGCACCCCGGGUACUAGACGCCUACCGGGAUGAAAAGUACGACGCCAAGAUCCUCAAGGAGAUGGGGGAGCUCGGACUGCUGGGCGCCACGAUCCAGGGUCACGGGUGCGCGGGCGUGUCGACGGUGGCGGGGGCGCUCAUCACACGAGCUGUGGAGCGGGUAGACAGCGGCUACCGCUCUGGCAUGUCGGUGCAGUCGUCCCUCGUGAUGGGGGGGAUCGACGAGUUCGGCACGGCGGAGCAGAAGGAGCGCUUCAUCCCCGGCAUGGCCAAGGGUGACGUGCUGGGGGCGUUUGGGCUGACGGAACCCAACCACGGCAGCGACCCGGGCGGCAUGGAGAGCGUGGCGCGCCCUCACCCAUCCAAAAAGGGAUACUACUCGCUCAGCGGGUCCAAGACUUGGAUCACCAACAGCCCCAUCGCCGACGUGCUGCUGGUGUGGGCCAAGCUGGAGGAGACGGGCAAGAUCCGCGGCUUCCUUGUCGAGCGCAAGGACUGCCCACCGGGGACGCUCGAGACACCGGCCAUCAAGAACAAGACCGGCCUGCGCGCCUCCAUAACCGGCAUGAUCCACCUGGACGACUGCCCCGUGCCCGAGGCCAACAUGUUCCCCGACGUCGAGGGCCUCCGCGGCCCCUUCAGCUGCCUCAACAGCGCACGAUACGGCAUCUCGCUCGGCGUCAUGGGCGCUCUGGAGGACUGCCUGUCCCGCGCGCGCGCCUACGCCCUCGAACGGAGGCAGUUCAAGGGUAACCCGCUGGCCAGGUACCAGCUCAUCCAGAGGAAGCUGGCCGACGCCGCCACCGACGUCGCCUACGGGACCCUGGCGUCCAUCCAGGUCGGCCGUCUCAAGGAUCGGGGGACGGCCACGCCCGAGAUGAUCAGCAUGGUCAAGAGGCAGAACUGCGAUGCCGCCCUGCGCGGCGCGCGCACUUUGCAGGAAAUCUUUGGUGGCAAUGCCGUCAGCGACGAGUACGCCAUCGGGAGGCACGUCGCCAAUCUGUUUGUCACCCAGACGUACGAGGGCCAGAGCGAUAUUCAUAGCCUCAUUCUUGGACGGGCCAUAACGGGUGUCCAAGCUUUUGUGUAG